AUGUUGGAGAAGGCCUACGGUGAGUCAGCUUUAUCGAAAACACGAGCAUACGAGCGGUACAAAGCAUUCAAAGAAGGCCGAGAAGUGGUUGAAGACUUGCCUCGUUCCGGUCGAUCUUCAACGUCUUCGACUGACGAAAAUGUCGACAAAGUGAAGGAAAUGUUGAUGGAAAAUCGUCAUUCAAGCUUAAAAGAGAUGGCCCAGAAUCUGGACAUAUCUCACGAGUCCAUUUGCACCAUUUUAGUUCAUGUUUUGGGCAUGAGACGCGUCGCAGCACGGCUUGUUCCGAAGGAGCUGAAUUUUCUUCAAAAAGAGCACCGCAAACAAGUUGCUGAAGACAUGCUUGAACGAGCCAAUUCGGACCCUACAUUCAUGAAACGCCUCAUAACGGGUGACGAAACGUGGGUUUAUGAGUUUGACAUGCAAACUGGCCAACAAGUUUCGGAACUUCGAUAA